AUGGAAACAAGCAAGCAGGGCCAUUUGAUACCACCUUUCUAUUGCUGCUAUCUCUUGCAAUCUAUUCCAAAAAGACAGUCCUUUUAUAUAGGAUCAACCCCAAAUCCUGUAAGAAGACUUCGACAGCAUAAUGGACUCGUUAAACAUGGAUCAGCGUAUCGAACGAAGAAAGAAGGUAUGAGGCCAUGGGAAAUGAUCGUGUGUGUAUAUGGCUUUACGAGCAAAAUAGUGGCAUUGCAGUUUGAACAUGCUUGGCAGCAUGGACAUUCUGCGCAUUUCAUUGCGAAGGAAGAUCGAAUCGUAAAGAACAAGACGGGUGGACGAAGUAUUCAUCAAAAAAUUGGCAAUUUGAUGCUUCUGCUCAAGCAUCCAUUUUUUAAUAACAUGGGGCUCAACGUCCAAUUUUUCAGUGUUGACGCAUUCGCGGUGUGGGAACAGAAUAAGUAUCGGAUCAGCCCGCCAGUUGGGGAAACUGAAGUUUCCAAUGAGUUAGAAGUCGAUAAAACGACAGACUCGUUUGGUGACGAGUUGUCGCAGCGUAAUUUGGAACAUGUAAACAUGUUGUUUUCAAGAGUGGUCCGUGAAUUGGAAGAUUACGUCGAAAAAUGUGAAGGGGCUUUAAAACGGGGCGUACUCCACUGUGGCAUCUGCGCAAGCAAAGUGAAUUAUAUCGAGAAUGACACCGUAUUGGUUACAUUCUGUCCGUUGGAAAAUUGUAACUUUUUCUCGCAUUUGCAGUGCUUACAUAGAGUGUUUUUGGAUGAUAUUUUGCAUGAUGGAGCAAGUAGAGCCCUCAUACCGAAGAACGGUAAUUGUCCUUCAUGCCAUCACACCUUGGAGUGGAAAACUUUGACAAAAAUCGCAUUAAUUCUUAAGGAAGGUCAAAACUCAACCAAAUAA